AUGUCGCCUGUGACUGGCAGCUAUAUGCGCAUGUCACCUGUGACUGGCAGCUAUAUGCGCAUGUCGCCUGUGACUGGCAGCUAUAUGUGCAUGUCUCCUGUGAUUGGCAGCUAUAUGCGCAUGUCACCUGUAACUGACAACUAUAUGCGCAUGUUGCCUGUGACUUGCAGCUAUAUGCGCAUGUCGCCUGUGAUUGGCAGCUAUAUGCGUAUGUAUCCUGUGAUUGGCAGCUAUAUGCACAUAUCGCCUGUGAUUGGCAGCUAUAUGCGCAUGUCGCCUGUGACUGACAACUAUAUGCGCAUGUUGCCUGUGACUUGCAGCUAUAUGCGCAUGUUGUCUGUGAUUGGCAGCUAUAUGCGUAUGUAUCCUGUGAUUGGCAGCUAUAUGCACAUAUCGCCUGUGAUUGGCAGCUAUAUGCGCGUGUCGCCUGUGACUGGCAGCUAUAUGCGCAUGUCUGAAAAGGGAAGAACACAGAGGCGCCAAAAUGGCCUAGUACCACCGCAACAGGUAAUCAUACAAAUGUGA